UGUAAUUACUCUACAUUCUCUAUGUGAUCCCAAAAUGUCGCUUUCUGUUUUGGUAUCAUCUUGCAAUAAAGGAAAUCAAUUUUCAUAAUUUAUCCAUGAUUUUGCGAAAUUAUAGAAAUCAGUUUGAAUAUAAAAAGUGGAAAUAGUAUUCACGUAGCCAUCAGCCAUGAACACUACAGCACCAACAUCGGCAGAUGCAUGUUUGAGUAUUGUCCACUCACUUAUGUGCCACAGACAAGGUGGGGAGAGUGAGAGUUUCUCAAAACGUGCCAUUGAGUCACUCGUUAAAAAAUUGAAGGAAAAACGAGACGAGUUAGACUCGUUGAUCACAGCUAUAACAACAAACGGAGCGCAUCCUAGUAAAUGUGUUACAAUACAAAGAACUUUAGAUGGCAGAUUACAGGUAGCUGGUCGUAAAGGAUUUCCACAUGUGAUAUAUGCACGCAUAUGGCGUUGGCCUGAUUUACAUAAGAAUGAAUUGAAGCAUGUUAAAUUUUGUCAGUUUGCAUUUGAUUUGAAAUGUGAUUCUGUUUGUGUGAACCCAUACCACUAUGAACGGGUUGUGUCACCUGGUAUAGAUUUGUCUGGACUGACUCUACAAUCAGGUCCAAGUAGGUUGGUAAAAGAUGAAUACACAGCAGGCCUUAGUGGAAAUGGUAUGGACAUGGAUACCGGUGAAUUGGUGACCAUCCAACAUCAUGCUACCAGCCCCCGCCACCACCACACCACAAUACCACACCAUCAAUUCCAGACUACAAAUAUAAUUAUUAAUCAAGGACAAACGCCAGAGGGCGUUCCGAACAUGUUUUCGCCGACACACGGACCGCGGCCGGCCGUGCGACCGGCGGGGGCUCCGCCCCAGUUGGCUGCCCCACAGAUGGGACAUUCGCCAGGCGCGUCGCAAAUGAUCUCCACGCACCCAAGCGGCGUUCAGAUGUCUUCUCAACACGUGAUGCCCGGAACACCACAGAUGGGUCCAGGCACACCACAAAUGGGUCCGGGUACGCCUCAGAUGGGGACAAACGUGCCGCAGAUGGCUUCACCUCGGAUGGCGUCUGCUCCCACUCAAAUGUCGCCAGGCACCCCCCAGAUGCCGAAUAUAAGCCAAGGGAUGCCCUUGCAGAGCCCCCAACUGAUAGCUAUGGCACAGCAAAGGGCUAUAGUUCCUAAACUAGAGCCACCUGAUACAAUGGACGCGAGGGCUAUGUGGCUACCAAAAAGAAUUAAUCAUUCUGCAAUGCCAGUAAGCAUGUCACCAGGAGGGACAACUCCAUUAAUAGAUGGCACCACCACUACUUUUUUCACAACUGAACAAACUACUGCUGAAACUCAGUUGACACAAACAUUACCAGCAGCUGCGGUAUCGGUGUCGGGGGCGACAGUGAGCGCGGUAGCGGGUGUGAACGCGGGCGUGGGCACGGGUGUCGGUGUGGGAGUGGGCGUGGGCGUGGGCACGGCGGCGGUAGGCCCGGAGGUGACGCAGGCGCAGCCCGCGCAGGCGGCGCAGGCGGCGCAGACGCAACAGAACGGCUUCAGCGCCGCCGGCAGCCCCGCGCCGCAGCCCAGCCCGCUACCGCACCGCACGCAGCACCAACAAGGCACGUGGACGGGCAACAACACGCUGACGUACACGCAGAGCCUAGCGCCGCCUCCUGCGCCGCCGCCGCCGCUCGACGCGCCCGCCCUCCACCAUCAUUACUUUAAUGGCAACCCCGGCGGUUUGCUAUCGAGUCAACCAGCGCCCGAGUACUGGUGCUCUGUGGCGUAUUUCGAACUGGACACGCAAGUUGGAGAAACAUUCAAAGUGCCAUCAAGUAGACCUAAUGUUACUGUUGACGGCUACGUGGACCCAUCAGGUGGCAACAGAUUCUGUUUGGGAGCACUGAGCAAUGUCCAUAGAACAGAACAAAGCGAACGCGCGAGACUGCACAUCGGCAAAGGAGUGCAACUGGACCUGCGCGGCGAGGGCGACGUGUGGCUGCGCUGCCUGUCGGACCACUCGGUGUUCGUGCAGUCCUACUACCUGGACCGCGAGGCCGGCCGUGCGCCCGGCGACGCCGUGCACAAGAUAUACCCCUCAGCUUGCAUAAAAGUAUUCGAUCUACGGCAGUGCCACCGUCAAAUGCAGACCCAGGCGGCGACGGCACAAGCAGCCGCUGCUGCUCAGGCCGCCGCCGUAGCCGGGCACAUCCAGCCGCAACAUGCUGGCAUCAACAAGUGUUUAACAGCGGCAGCAGGUAUUGGCGUGGACGAUCUUCGGCGGCUGUGUAUAGUGCGCUUGUCCUUCGUCAAGGGCUGGGGACCGGACUAUCCGCGGACCUCUAUCAAGGAGACGCCAUGCUGGGUCGAGGUUCAUCUACACAGAGCCUUGCAGCUAUUGGACGAGGUAUUACAUACAAUGCCAAUCGACGGUCCACGGAACAACAUUGAGUAGGAGUUGAUCGGCUUCUUUUGAGGCCUUCGAGCGAAUCACAAGACUAUAUGUGCAAUUUUGUGGACGACACGCGUCGCAGUGUAUGGCUAGUGAGGAUUGACAAGUGAAGUGCCAGUUAGUGAAGUUUAGGUUGUGUACUUUAAUAAAUAUACAGUGGUAUUAUUGUGUAAAAGAAUUUAGUAGGCUUUUGGAUGUUUUGCAACACUACAGUUACCAUUUUCCAUCAGGUAGGCCGUCAGCUUGUUUACAUAGUUGUAUAAAAAAUCAUAAUGUGAAAUUAUAAAAUGCAAAAUUAUAUCGCAUCUGCUACUUUUCUUUAUAUAUAUGUUGGAGAUCGCGGGUAAAAAUAAAAAAAAAAAAAUUAAACUUUUAUAUGUUUCAAAACCCUUUAUAAAAAAUCAAGAUCAAUCACUGCCAUCUUGAAUCUGUUUCACUCAUCACACUUAUUAUCAUUUUUAUUUCAUCCAUUCAUCUUUUAGAAACAUGUAUUUCCUCAUGUGUUACUACAAGUGGCAAUAAGUGAAAAAUCACACAUAGUCCCUUCGUUUGAGGUUAAUAGUGGCCCUUGUUUAAUAAUGACAUAAAAUCACUGUGAAUAUGAAAAAUAAUUUCACAAAAUGUUAUUGAAUUAAAAUAAAUAUUACAGCUUGUGUAGUUUGCACGAGAAUGUCCGCAUUCUCAGUCUUCCAUACAAAUUUAUUGGCGGAAACACGAAUGUGGCCGUAACGUAAAUAUUUGUACAACCUCACAUUAAGUACUCGGUUGUCUCUUUUAUUUGAUAAAAAAAAAAGGUUUAUCUGUUUGACAAUGUUCUUUUUUGUACAGUUCAUAAUGGCUAACAAUAUUAUGGUUCAUGGAAUGUAGAUAAUGGUAUCCACAUUCCACCUAAUGGAAAGUAGUAAGAUGCACCUUUAAACAUAAACAGUGUCACAGUUAUCAUAGAAUACACUGUGGUACCUGUGCUAUUUUGCGUAUAUUUUAUUCUUUUACAUAAAAAUACCACUAAUAUUAUAUGCUUUGUGUAUGUGUUACAUAAGCCUUUUAAGACAGUGCAUGUUUAACUCACUGUGAUUUUGUUUGUACGUACACUGGAUUACACUGUUGUGUUAGAAUAAUAUAUACUAUGGAUAUAGCAGUAUACUUACAAAGCAUAACAUCCAGAUAAAUUUAAUAUAAACAUGAAUGAACCAUCUUAAGUGCAAAAAAUUAUUUUUUUGAAAUAUUACACGAACCGUUAUUUUAAAUGUUAUAUACUAUAUACGUGUUUUAUAUACAGUUUUAGAUUAUUUUAUGUGACAAAAAAGGUAUAUACGUCCUAAAAGUGAGAAUAUAAUUCUUCAGUAAUUACCUUGGUCAUUUGGCAUGCAAAUUAUAAUGGAAAUUACGUAUUUUUUCUUUUUUAGUUUUUAAAGUGUUUAUUUACACUUGUUUGCCAUAAACUAGCAUUUAAUAGUUUGUUUUUAUUUUUAAAAAUAUAUUUUCUAUUUCGGCCACGUCUUCCAAAUUGUUUAGUUGAUUUUGUCUUCCAGUAAAAACUGGAGUUUUGUUUUGUAUUUAGGAUCGAUAGAACGUUAAAGUAUGGGGAUUUGACAAACAUUGCACAGUUUAAUAUGCAUCGCUCGUGUUUAAAUAAAAGGUGAACUGGGUAAUUUAUGUCUUGUAUUUAUUUAUACUAACAACUAAGUAGAUACAAUAUAGUAAGUAUAAAUGUAUAAUAUAGUCGUUAACAGUAUUGAGAUGGAACAAACAAACGAAGGGAUCUCACUAAAAUAUUUUCACAAAACAAAUUAAAUGAUAAUAUUAUGUAAGAUAUUAUUAUAUUUAUAAUAUUACGCAGUCGCGUCAGAUGUCUGUGUUGCUCAACGGAUCUGUGCACGGUGAUAUUAUUACAAGCAAACGUUAUACGAAUUUUAUUAGCAGCGAUACCAAAUUAAGGCAUUUUUGUACUAAAAUAAUGUAGAUUAAAUAUGACAAGACAUAAUUUACAGUUCAACUUGAAAGAAGCCAAAUGGGAUAGCUUUUAUUGUAACUUAAGUAUAUAUAAGUUAAGGUGGCGAAGUUAAUUUAUAUUAGGCGUAAGUCGCAGGCUCGGGUGGCGGCGCAUUGCGAGGCUGUUUGUUAGUUUGAUGUGCCUGAUUAGUGGGAUUGCAUGAAUCAUCGGCUAAAUAUUUUAGUUGCACCCGUUCGGUCGGCGUUCGGUCUGACGUCAACACGACUCGAUGUUGCCUUGCGGUAAUGCGGUAACAGUUAUUGGCGGAUCGAUAAAAUACGAUCCAAAUAUUAGGAUUCGUUUAUAAAUGUUUAAAUGUAGUUUCUCAGUAAAUAUGAAAUAGAGUUACUUACUUGUAUUUCCUGAGAAUACGUUAAAAAUUGUUCGGUUGUUUGCUGCGUUAUAUAUAUAUAUAUAUAUAUAUAUAUAUAUAUAUAUAUAUAUAUAUAUAUAUAUAUAUAUAUAUAUAUAUAUAUAUAUAUAUAUAUAUAUAUCUUCUGUAAUUCUUAUAAGUGACACGGAGACUUAUGGAACCGCGAAUUUUGAUCGGCAGCUACACGUUAGCGAUACAGCGACCGAAUCGUUGCCAGUUUUUGUUUUAUUAUUUUAUUAUUAAUAUAAUAAUAUUUUUUAUUAAUAUUUGUUUUAUAUAAGUAUAAUUUAUCCCUCACGCUCUGGCUGGCUAAGUUAACCACGGCGACGGUAUGGAUAAAUUUAAAAAAGAAAUCUUUUUUAUACACAACUUUUGUAUUGUUUCGGCAUCAUAUAUCUUGUAUUUUGUAAUGCGUAGUUCAUGCAAUUUAACUAAGUUUUUUUUAGAUGAUCUGUGAUGUGCUAACAAAUGUGUUUAAUAGGAAUGCGCGUAUCCGUUGGACUGUUUGAGAUACUUUAAUAAAUUAAAAAGUCACUCGUGUAGUAUGCCCAUUAUUUUUGGUGAAUGUUUAGAAAUAGUUGUAAGUAUAGAGUGAAGUAUUUUGUGUACGGAAUCGUAGCUGAUAUACAUAAGAUGUAUUAGUAAGGGUAUGGUGUUACAGAAAUUUGGUCUCUAGAAUUGACUUGUUUGUUCAAAUGACAUAGUUUUUUUUGUUAAGUUAAUGUAUGUAAUGUAUGUUUAUUAUGGUUGCGCUGGAAUCACUGAUUAGAGCGUUUUAUGCACAUAAAACUAGCAAUGUCUGUAUUACUUUUAUAUUUAAACAUAAUGAAUGAAUAAAAAUCUUUAUUGAUCUUUCAAACAGCUUGUUUGCCAUUCUAAGUUGUAUAAAAAUAUAUAUAUAUAUAUAUUGCUACAAUUUUUCCCUUUUAUUCUGAUAUGAAUUCUUAUUUAAAAAGGUUAUAUAUUCUAUGAUAUCGUUAUAUUAAAGUUAUUGUGAAAUUUGGAUUAUAACGUAAAAAAAAAGCAAAAUUGUAAACUUCAAGAUUAACUUUUAAUAGUAGAAUAAUGUCCGAUUUGUUCGAAGAUUAACGUUUUAGGUCGAUACAGAGACACUUUUUAGAAUAAGAAUUUUGAAUUAUUACAGAGUAUUGAAUUUUUUUUUUUUAAUAAAUUAUACAGAUAUUGCCAGUAUUAUGGUGCUCUGAAAUAUUUGAGAUUUUUGUAGUUCUCGAUAAGAUUCGCUUUAAUUAUCAUUACGCAGAUUACGAUUGAUUGUAAUUAUUAUAUUGUGUUGAUCAUUUUAUAUUGCUGUUAGUGACAGUUAGUGUUUUCGAUAUCUAAGAUUAUUUUAUAAUAAAACUAUGAGCUUUCGGCAAUGACAUAUGAUAACUAAUGAUUUUAUAGAGGUACAUAUUGUAUUGUGUGCAGUUCUGUUUUUAUAUUUUUAUUUUUAUAAUGUAUCUGUGUGGAUUUUAAGUUGUUAACGAACAAACAUCACAAUAUCUUUAUUUUUUUUUGUUAUAGUUAAAAAAAUAUGUAUCAUGAAGGGUAUAACAAUCAGUAAUUCGAUGAUAAUCAAGAAACUAAAGAACUUUAUUUAAUGAGCAUAGGCAUAAUAAUAUAUGUUUACGAUUUCAUCCCUAAAUAAGUCGGAGGGUGUAUGAAAGUCAUACAUUUUAUGUAAUUGUAGUAAAAAUUGAUGUUUCAUGUCAUGUAUUAUUCGAUUGAUCAAUCGGUUGACAUGUUGCAAGUAUUCGUUUCUUAGUACAUCUAUUGGUGGCAUCGAACUGCCGCGUUUAAGCAUCACGCGCUAGAUGGCGCUGAUUGAAAAAAUCUUCUAGGGAUCCACAAUUAUGUGGUGCCCGAAAAUUCGGGUAAAUGAUGUUUUGUGAUCUAGGAUAAUUUUAACUAACCAAAAACCUACCAAGGUACCUACAAGAACAGAAAUGUGUCAAUUCCUAUGUUCCUUGAGGAUCGUAUCGAAUUGUGAUACCCUUUUAGUUACAUGUUAUAUAUAACUAUUAUUUACGCUUUCAUUACAAUUAUUGAUCGUUACCAAUGACCACGUUUGAAUCGCCUAGUGUUGUAAAUAGUACAAUUUAUGAAGAAAAUAAUAUUUUUAAUAUAAAUGGACGUGUAUUUGUGAUCAACGGAACGACCACCGAUGGUGUUUGCAAGUCAGUACUUAGAUACUAUAUUCAAUGAAAUUUCUCUUAGCUUUCACAAAAAAAAAUGUGUAUCAAAAAUACCUCUCUAUAGUGAUGAAAAGGAAUCAAAGGGUUUUAGAUGAUAUUAAUAAGUAUGUGGUAAGUUUUUUUAAUAAUGUUCAAGUUUUGAAUGAAUAAUAUUUGACAAAUUCUACAUAUUAUGACAGUUAUACUUGCCAACUGUUUCGAAUGUACUCUUUCAAUUUUAUGUAAAAAAAAGAAACCAUUAACAUACAGUUAUUUGGAGAUAUACCGAAGUUAUCCAAAGUUGAGAAAUAUUGAAUAAUGUUUGUUGUUCACUAAAAAGGACAUAACUGACGCUUUUGUAAAUAUAUAGCACGAGAUAUGGUCAUGUCAAAGAGUCGCUCUUGAGAGCCGUUUUUUUUUUUACAUAGCGAUUAUCCGGUCUGUACCUUGUUGUCGUCUAAAUAAAGAUCGAAUUUGUAUGAGUUUUAAUUUUGUUUAAAAGGGUUUUUAGUUGUUAAAGCUAGUGUCGGUUUAAUUAUAUUUUGUGAUGUAUUCUGAUUGUAAUAAGGGUGGUUUUUAUAUUUCACAAAGAUUGUGUAUCUAAGCUUCUACCUGCUCAGACAAAUAAUGAUUAAUCCGGCACUCGUUAUAUUUUCAAUAUAUACAUUCAGCCAUAAGUUCGCAAUAACUACAAUAAAGUAUGGAAUUUACACGAA